AUGUCAAAGCCAACGCCCGUGACUGAGGAUAUCGAAGAGGUCUUACUGUCCGCUCGAUAUGGCGAAGUGGACGAGUUGAAAGAAUUCGUAGAGAAGUUCGGAGCUGGACCGUUAGCUGAAGCAAGGGGUGAGAGGGGGAAUACGGUGUUGCAUAUGUGUUGUGGAAAUGGUCACAUCGAUGUCCUGAACUACCUUCUUCCUCUCGUUCCCAAAGAACUCUUGUCGCGCACAAACGAAGCUGGAUCGCCACCCCUUCACUGGGCAGUAUCGAAUAACCACGUAGCCUGUGUCAAAGCUCUGGUAGAAUUAUCAGAAGAACAAGGAGGCGGAUUACCAUUACUCAAGCAAACAAACGCUAACAAUCGAGAUGCAUUUGCCGAAUCGAUAUUUGCUGGAGAGGGUAAAGAGGAAGUAUCAGGGUGGAUCGAAGGGUACCUAUACAAAGUCGAAGGUGGAGAUGACGAAGAAGAACCAACAAAAGAUGCUCAAGUGGAAGAAGGAGAAGGAGAAGUGAAAGUGAUCGAGGGUGAUGAUAUGGUGAGAGAGGAAGCUGAGAAGGUGGAUGAGUUAGUAGACAAGACCGAAGGUGUGGAGAUCAGGGAGAAUUAG